UAAACAAAUGUUUGUUGGACGUUGGUUUUUGGAAAUGUCGCAGUAUGUUCUUAACUGUUCUAUAAUUUACGUCUACACGUGUGGCGCUUUAUGUUUUAGUCUUAUUUGCUUUUAAAACAUACAACAGAGAGGUAAGAAGGCCUCAACUCUACAAUUGAGAGAGCGUUUUUUUAUAAGCUUAAUGUACAUUUCGAGAGAGUACACUUUGUUGAAUAAAUAGCGGCAUCAUGUCGUCCAGCAUUGCUCAGAUUCUCCGGACACCAGUCCUUGUUCUGGCGUUUCUAGUUGUCAUAGAGGUGAUAUCACAUGCACAUGCUGAUAAGAGUUUUGAAGAUGUGCGUUGUAAGUGCAUCUGUCCACCCUACCGAAACAUAAGUGGCCAUAUCUACAACAAAAACGUGUCCCAGAAAGACUGUAAUUGUUUGCAUGUGGUGGAGCCUAUGCCAGUUCCUGGUCAUGAUGUGGAGGCAUACUGUCUGCUUUGUGAGUGCAAGUAUGAAGAGCGAAGUAGCAACACCAUUAAGGUGACCAUUAUCAUCUACUUGUCGGUUGUUGGAGCUCUUCUGCUGUACAUGCUGUUCCUGCUUCUAGUUGAUCCUCUGAUCCGCAAACAUGAUCCCUACACCAUGCCAUUGCAGAACGAGGAGGAUUCUGAGGAUUUGAGGCCUCAUGUGGAUGGUGCUCAGGGCCGUGGGAAUACUGUGCUUGAGAGGGUUGAGGGAGCUCAGCAGCGCUGGAAAAAACAGGUUCAGGAGCAACGCAAGACUGUGUUUGACCGCCACAAGCUGCUCAGCUAAGCCCUAAAUCUGAUUGUCAGGGCAAUGGGACCACUGACUGAGGAAGCAUGCAUGCAUGAUGGUUUUGAAAUUUCCGUUUUUGUUUUGCAUAUGUUUUGUAAAUGAGCCUGCUGUCUUUGCAGUGCUAUUAUAAUAGUACAGAGGCUGACUUGAUUGUAUCCUGCUUCCAAACUGAAGCUUGUGCUAACAUGGAAACAUGUUAAUAAGAUUGCUUUUAAAGUGCUAGACUAUUCAAUUGUGCAGAUUAAGAGAGUCCGACACCUUCAGUGGUCAUCAUUUCUUAACUAAUAACUUGAAGUGUUAUCCCUGCUUUUCUUUGAAACUGCAUCGCAAAAGAUGAUAUUGCCAUGAAAAGCAGUGUAUUCUGGGAACACUGUUGUGGAUUUGUAUAUAAUCUAAAAUACUUGCGGUUUUAAAUGUGUAGAAUGUCAUUGCACUUUUAGUUUCAUUUUGCAUUACUUGGAUGUAAAUGUAUAGAUUGAGUAUAUUAUUGAUGAUUGAGUUUCAUGUUUUUAUUUCAGUCUCUAUAUUGUUUGCCUAUUGAUAACACAACAAAGGAUGGCACAUGUCACAAAUAUAUAUCUUAAAUACAAAACAAAUAUUUAUUAAGGCAAUAAUUCUGUUAGAUCUUAAGUGAUUAUUACUUCCCAAUUGUUUGUAAACAACAAGCUUGCUUUGAUAUGAGUUAUACAUUUGUUGGUUACUCUUCAGAAAGAUUUUUGCAGCACAAAAUGUGAAGACAUUUUAAAACUUAACUUAAAACAUUUUUGCUUGACUAUCGUAUUUGCUGCUACAAUAAUGUCUUCUACAGGUUGUCUAAAAAAACCUUUAAAAUCUCUGCUUAUGUGAAAAUGCACUAAAAUAAACACAGAAAAUUGUCAA